CAGUGCAGAAGCAUCAGUGCAUCCUCACACCUGACAGUUUCAUCACCUCUACGGGGAACAUUUGAAGAACAAGGUUUCAAAUCACUUGACACAUACGGACAAAGUAAUUACUAAAGCAAGUGUGAGAACAUGAAUGGGACCGUGUGAAGGAUGUGGCGGCCUCUAGUGGUGCGGUUGCAGAUUGCAUCGCUCACCCCUCCCUCUACAAGACGCCGAGUGCAAAACCGUGGUUACGUGGUUUGUUUUCUUCAGGACCAUCUUUACCGUAACGCCGCACGAGAAGCAUGAAGCUGCAGAACUACGGUGGCCUUCAGGUGACCCGCUCCCUCUGUAGAGAAGAAGGGCUCUAAGCUUAGAAGACACAAAGGUUCUUAGUUUCAGCAUGUGCGGUAUCUGGGCUUUGUUCGGCAGCGAUGAGUGCCUGUCAGUUCAGUGCACCAGUGCCAUGAAGAUCGCUCACCGCGGGCCCGACGCGUUCCGCUUCGAGAACGUUAAUGGCUUCACAAACUGCUGUUUCGGUUUCCACCGGCUGGCUAUCGUGGACCAUCUGUACGGCAUGCAGCCGCUGCGCAUCAAGAAGUUUCCUUUCUUGUGGCUCUGCUACAACGGAGAGAUUUACAACCAUCACACGCUGAAGAAGGAGUUUGACUUUGAUUACCAGACUAAAGUGGACGGGGAGAGUUUGCUCCAUCUGUACGACCGCUUUGGCAUCCAGAAGAUGUCUUCUCUGCUGGACGGCGUCUUUGCCUUUAUCCUGCUGGACACUGCCAACAAGAAAGUGUUUCUGGGAAGAGACACGUACGGAGUCCGGCCUUUGUUCAAGUUCCUCACAGACGAUGGAUUCCUGGCAGUCUGCUCCGAAGCCAAAGGACUAACAGAAAUCACCCAUGCGAUGGCGACCCCCGCCAACAUCGUCCCGCUGCUCCCGGGACACUUUGAGGUCUUUGAUUUGAAGCAGAACGGCAAAGUUCAGUCCGUUCAGAUGGAGCCGUUUCACUGCUGCACGAAGGAGCCGGCUCAUGCCGUCUACGACCCCGUGGAGAGGCUGCCUACAGGUUUCGACGAGGAAACGGUGAAAAGCAACAUCAGGACGCUGUUUGAAAACGCUGUGAGGAAACGUCUCAUGGCUCACAGGAGGAUCGGCUGUCUUCUGUCAGGUGGUCUGGACUCCAGCUUGGUUGCUGCUACGCUGGUGAAGCUGGCGAAGGAGGAGAAGCUGCAGUAUCCCAUCCAGACCUUCUCCAUCGGGUCGGAGGACAGUCCCGACAUCAAAGCUGCUCGCCAGGUUGCAGCUCACAUCGGCAGCGAGCACCACGAGGUGAACUUCUCUGCAGAGGAAGGAUUCCAGGCUGUGGAAGAAGUCAUCUUCCACCUGGAGACGUAUGACAUCACCACCAUACGAGCCUCUGUAGGGAUGUACCUGGUGUCCAAGUACAUCCGGGAGAAGUCGGACAGUGUGGUGAUCUUCUCUGGAGAGGGCGCCGACGAGCUGACUCAGGGAUACCUUUACUUCCACAAGGCUCCGUCUCCCGGAGCAGCAGCAGAGGACAGUGUCCGGCUGAUGAAGGAACUCUACCUGUUUGACGUCCUGCGUGCUGAUCGCACCACGUCUGCACACGGUCUGGAGCUCAGAGUGCCUUUCCUGGACCACAGAUUCACAGCGUACUACCUUUCUCUGCCGGAGGAGAUGAGGACUCCUAAGCAUGGGGUGGAGAAGCAUCUUCUGAGGGACUCGUUCAAAGACCUCAACUUGAUCCCGGAUGAGAUCCUGUGGAGGCGUAAAGAGGCCUUCAGUGACGGGAUGAUGUCUGUGAAGAAGUCCUGGUACGUGUUCCUGCAGGAGCACCUGGAGGGGAUGGUGAACGAUGACCAGAUGGAGAAGGCUCACAGGACGUUCCCUCACAACCCUCCACUCACCAAAGAGGCCUAUUACUUCAGACAGGUGUUUGAGAAGCACUACCCGGGCCGGGCCGAGUGGCUCUCACAUUUCUGGAUGCCUCGCUGGACCAACGCCACCGACCCCUCGGCUCGGACCCUGGCCAUCUACAACCCUGAUAAAGAGCAGUGAUUCCCUGCAGCAGCCCUCGUACCACAUGUCAUACUUAACUCUACUUUGUUCAACUCAGAUUACAUUAAACUUAUUAGGAACUAGUUACACUGAGCUGAGCAUCAUUGUUAUGCAGAUAAAUGUGACGACGUGUAGCUCAGAGUUACAGAAGCACGACCAGCCCUGAUCAGCAAAUACUAGGGUUUAAUGCAAUGUGCUUUUUAUUCCGUAAUGCAGUUAAACUUUAUCUAUUACAAGAUUUUGUGGUGCAAUUUUCAAACACACCCAGUGAUGUUAAUCCUUUUCAUAUUCCAACUGUUUUUCUAAUUGCAGGUAUGUAAUACGGCCACAUACUGUCAGCUGUGUUCAUAUUGUGCAGCUGACUGGACUAUGACCUGUUUGUGCAACUUAAAUCAAUUGAAAUCAAUCUCUUACAGAUAAAUCUGACAAACUCUGUCCCAAAGUCUGACAGAGCCGUAAAUAAGUCCGGGUUAGACGGGUGUGUCACACUGUUUAAGUUUUAUUCUUUUUAUUUUCCAUAGCGUACAGUCCAGACGAGUACGUUUACACUUUAAAGGACCGUGUUACAGUUUUCAUGGUUCACGUGUGAAAUGUGACUGUAAUGGAUUUUCUGGUGAUUCCUUGUUCUGGUUGGAUUUAAAUAGUUUUCUCUCCUGUGAUAAUGACCAAAGAACAGCUGAAAGGUACAUCUUCUUAAUUUCUUUGUGUUUGUUGUUGUAAUUCUCACUUCGGCCACAAGAGGCUGAAGUACGAGUUUGUGUUUUAAAUGCUAAAAUUCUUCCAGGUGAGUUUCCAUCUUAAAUGUGCACAUGAAGAAAACAUGAAAGUGUUUCGCUGUAUUUAGAACAUGGUGGUGCCAUUCAGCCUCUUGUGGCCGACGUUAGUAUUACAACAACAGACACUGAUGAUGAAAACUGUCCGGACUCCAAAAACAUUUUUUAUAUCUUGCCAACACUUUUUUAUUGACCAGUUUCUAAGUCGUAAACACCGCAGAGAAAACCUUUUGGAUCAGACGGAUUGUUUCUCACCCUCACUAAAGGGCUGCCGUACUUUUAACUCUGUCUAACACCAUCUCUGCUGUUCUUUUGCAGAAGGGAAUUAGGUUUGGGGGGUGUCUGUGUCUGUGUGUGUGUGUGUGUGUGUGUGUGUGUGUGUGUGUGUGUGUGUGUGGCUCAUAAGAUGUAUAUCUUUGCACUAUUACAUCCAUGUGAAGGAGUACCUUGUACUUGCAGAGAUAUGACGUUGUCAUGGGGAAAGUUGCAGUUUAUGGUAGUUUGAAUGUUGAGAUGUGACUUGUAGAAGAUGGACAAAGUAAUACUGGCAUUAUAACAAUUCAAUAACCAUUAGUGUAAAACUGUGAGCUUCAAAAGAGUUCAUUACACGGCUGUCGUAUUGGAUUGCAUUGAUUCUAUGUUUAGUUAUGUCACAGAACAUUUCUUGUUGUUUCAUUCUAACUGAACUAAAAUAAAUCCCUCUGGGCACAGA